CGAGUUUAGCCAAUUGAAGUCCACCACUUCCGGGAGUAGCGCGCUCACUGAAGUGUAGUCAGUCAGGUCUGUUCCUUCUAAGUUUUUAUGUGCAUAGUAUGGCUCAGUCAAGUUCCAGUCUUGCUGACUGUAUGGAAUAUUGGUUGAAUAAAGCUAUUGAAUGGGGGCAGACCAGCUCUUUAGAAUCCAUACAAGAUGUUUGCCUCCACCUGCAGAGGUUAAAUGAUUUCCUACAACAGCUUUCUAAAGAUCUCCAUUAUAUGAACACUGCAGUGGCCAUAAAAAAAUAUCCUUUAGUCGGGCAGUUACUUGGUAGACUUUGUUCGAUUCCCUGUGUUGUAGUGAGUGAAGAAUGCCAGAAAGGGUUGCUGCAGUGUUUGUGGUGCCUGUUCAGUGAUAAACCUCAAAAUGCAGUUGAACUGAAAGCCAAUGAUUGGAUAAAGAGUUUGUUACAACAUUUAAUUUCUGGUCCUGGGGAUUACAUCUAUUCUUUGGACUCUUUUAUUCGUCUCCUAGGAUACACAUCUGACGAGUAUCACUCAAGUUAUCUUAAACAUGUUGUUUCUUCAUUAGUGAAAGAACUUAACAGAGGCAAUUGUACUGAACCUUUUAUUCCUGUAUGGUUAACACCUGAAAGACUGAACAGUUUAUCUACUCUUUGUAUACCUCUUGUUACUUGUUCUGAUGCCACUCCGUUAAUCAGUGCCCUGCUUUUGCACUCUAAAUCUGAUUCUGAAGAGGUGCUGAAUACUGAUUUAUUUGAGUCCAUUAACAAGGCCUUAUUACAGAAGAAAAUUGUUCUCGAAGAAAAUGUGAUUAUGAAUCUCUGGUUGCGGUAUUUUCCCUGCUUUGAAUCAGCAGCAUUAAAUCUAAUUGAAAUGCUUAUUUCAGCUCAGCUUUCUAAUCCACAUGAGAUGGAGAAAGUCUGUAAAGACUCCAUGCUGCCAAAAGCAUCUGCCUAUCACCCUCCACUUUUUCACAUUAUAGAUUACAUCUUCAGGUUUAUUCUGUUGGAGUCAGAAGGAAGUCUUAAAAUCCAGAAUUUUAUGAGGAUAUUUACUCAUUGCUUUCUUCAAGAGCAACAGUUUCUGACGAAGCUUCCUCUAAAAGCCUUUUUUCCUCUUCAUUCUCCAUGUGUACUGACAGCACUUCUGUUGCAUCCCUCAGGUGUCCCUUCACAUAUAUGGCCUAAGCAUUUGUUUUACUUGUCUCAAACAUUAAAAAACAGCGUGCAGAACAUGGAAAAUAUACAAUCUCAUAAGGGAGUAUUUGAGAACUGGUUUUUGCUAGUCCAUUGUGGAGACUGGGUGGAUAUUGCUGCACAGCAGCUAAUUACUUUGCAAAUUCAGCCUUCAGAUUCUCUGCUGUGGCUUUUAGCAUUUUACCACCACCCUAACAACAAAAACCAACAGAGAACAAAAUUACAGGCACAUGCAAGGACAGUUUCUGAUCAUUUGAGGACACUUUUCAGAUGUGCAGAUCUCUGUGUCACACAACUUCAGAUGGCUUUAUCUUUUUGUGCAGAAAAUCCUCUACACAUUCAUACCACAAAUCUUAUCAAUCAGCUGCUGUUAAAUUUCCUAGUCUUUUCUAAUGGUGGCCAUAAAAUUGCAAAGGAUGUGAUCCAAAAGAUGAUGCAAGGUAGUCAAGAGGAUCUGAUUGUGCUUUCAAGUUUUCAACAAAGACUGAAAUAUUUUGGAUUAAUUGACUACAAAGCACAGAGAACGCUGGACCUGCUGUUUGAUCACCUUCAAAAUCAACCAGGAGAUAGGCCAGUGGAAGUAAUAUGUGACUAUAUACCAUAAUAUAAUGUAAUAUCUAGCGAUAUAACCAAAAUAAAUGACAGCAGCACACUGCAAAUUUAAAUAAACACUCUUUAUUUAAAGGAAAAUUAUCAGUACAUCAGUUUUUGUUUAACCUUAGUGCACAGAUAAGUAUUAGCCAUCCAUUCUUUUUCUGCACAUUCUUUUAUCAUUACUGGGUUACAGGCAAAAAUUCAAGUGGAAAUUAGGCAAAAACUUUUUUUAAAAAUAUUGUGUCUUACUAAUACAAGGAAAUUCAUUAAGAUCAGACUCUUAUUUACAGUGGAACACUACGCACUGAAAAACAAAUAAAAUGUUUGAAUAAACUGUUUACAACCAUCUAUAAAACAGUCACAGAGUUUAAUAUGGUUGUUAUCCAAUAAACAUUUAAAAUUACUUAUUGGUUCCAAAUGCAGUAUUUUAUGUUGGAAAUUAAUUCCAGAUAACAGUAAUGUAAAAACUGAAGGAUUUGUAACACAAUUCCAAAAUGAAAGUAGGAACUAUUAACUCAGUAUAGCUUUUUGUAGUUAUUAAAAGAAUGUUAAGUGUUGCAGUAGAGGCAUUACCAUAAGAUAAUUAAAUGUUGCUACAUUUAUGUACAGUUGUGUCUGGGGGUCCAGGUGGCCUUUGGCCUUCCCACCCCCCUUUUUUCUCCAGCUGGGGGUUUUGUUUUCCUGUCCUGUCUAACAGAUUGAUAAUGUAUGUUGAUGGAAGUAGACAUUUACUUUAUAUCCUACAUUUAAAGACCUAAUGUAGAUUUUAUUUAUUUUAAUUAUAAUAUUCUGGUUUAUUAUUUUAAACCAUUUUUUUAUAUCCAGGUCUUGUAUUUUUAUUAUUACUGUAUAUCCAUUUGUAAAAUCUGUCAAGAGAACUUUAAAACAUAAGUUCUUUAAGCUAGUAGUGUACAGUAUAACCUAAAAUUUGUAAAACAGUAUGAUUAACAAUUUGGACAGCUUUGGUAUGUACUGGUAUAUUGUAUUUGUAUAAACAUUUCUGAUGUAAUCAUAUUUUCUUUAACAAAUUACAAAUCUGUUAUAAUGAAAGGCACUAAUUUUAAAAAUGGCAACUUAUAAUGACCACUUGUAUGAGUAUUUUCACUGACAGCUUUCCAAAAGUAGACCCUAUCUAGUAAUAUUCACAGUUGCACACUUUCUAAGCCCAUAUCACCUUGACAGGUACAUAACACCACACCUCAGUGUCAGUGUUAGUUGGCAACCCAAUCUUUAUUUUUACAUCGCAAAGGAAGGAAUUGAAAGUGCCAGGACAACCACUAGUGCCAAACAAUAUCCAGCUUCAACCUACAUACAAAAGAGAAUGGUAUCAGCAAUCGGCAGUUGUACAGUAAACUAUCUAGACAUGGCAUGAUGUGAUGUCCUACAGAUGUCUGAGAUGUUUUAUGUUUUUCCAACAGUUCUUUGGACAUAUCCAUUAAUUUAGUCAUAGACUUAAGUGAUGCUUCGAUGAUAAAGAAAGGAAUGAUAAAAACUGGCUAGCCAGAUCAACAGUAAUCUUUAGAGAAUCACUUCAAAAUUUAUAUUAAGACUGACUGAGAUAACAACUACAACAACAUUUAUUUAUAUAGCACAUUUUCAUACAAACAGUAGCUCAAAGUGCUUUACAUAUUAAAGAAUAGAAAAAUGAAAGACAUAAUUAUAAAAAAUAAAUCAACAUAUGAGAUAAACAAUUAUAUUAGGAAUCUGAAGAUAGUCUGCAUCCUGUGCAUACAGUUCUACUGCAUACUAAGUGCAUGAGUGCAAAGUGAUGAGAAAAUAAACUCAAACGUUUUGAUUUGGGAUUUGAAAUGUGAUAAAAACAUAUAAGGAUUGCAGUAAAAAAAAAAAAUUACAUUUUUACAACUGCAAAGCCAAUCUUAGUUUAAAAGUUUAAAAAUAAAAGUAAAUAUUGAAAUAUCUUAAAUUAAUUUGCACAUGUGGUGAAUUGCUGAUAAAUUCACUUAUAAGGACUAAGUAUUUGUAAGAUGAACUGGCCCAUGAAGGUACCACAGGGCGAAACAAAUGGAGCAUCUUUAAAUGACAUAGACUCCAAACCAAAAAGUUCAAAAGGUGACCUUCGGAACCAGAAACGCAAAAUCAAAAUCCUUACAGAAAGGAAAGGUUAUGAAGAGGAGUGGAUUUAAAACAUAUAUUUUUUAAUAUAAAUAAAACUGCAAUCUACUCUUUGAAAAUUCCUUUGAAAUCCCAAGACUGGUCAUCUUUUGAAAAAAGUUAAUUGUUUCAAGAAAAUUUUGUAUAGAUUUGGAACAACAAUUGCCUGUUCUGCAGGGAAUAAAUAAUGUGUCAUGUGGUGUGUCUACCA